UGACACUUGUGUCCUCACUCACUUACUCCGUCCUGCCCUUACUGGAGGCCCGACUUCCCUCACCACUGUCACCACCCACGACCAAGCCCAGCAGUGGCAUCCUAGAGCAACACAUUAUCAUCCUCAUCACUACAUCAAGUCCCACAGAGUUGAUCAGUCUGUCUGUUUGUCGGUUCCCUUUUGUCACUAUCUAGAGGCGCGACCGAGUCUUCUUAUAUCCGGGGUAACGUCCGUCUGUGAGGAGCUAUGGCUGACUUCGUGCAAAACCUGCCCGGGGCGUUGGCGUGGGUGGUGGGUGAUGCGCCAGCUGCGAGAGACGCUCUGGCCAAGUUCAGCUGGAAGUCCCCAGCUGUCGUCGUGAAGGUCCUGGACAGUGUGCUGAGGGGCAUCGCACAGGUGGCCUUCGGUAACAACCCCAUCUCUGGGCUGCUCAUCCUGAUUGGUCUGUUCGUCGGCAACGUCAUGAGCGGGUUAGGCGCCGUCGUCUGUUCCCUCACCUCAGUCUUCGUUGCUAAGUUGUUAUGCUGGCAAGACGACGCCAUAGCCGCUGGUCACAGUAACUUUAACGCCGUGUUGAUAGGCACUGUCUCCACCGCCCUCUACCCCCUCGUCUUCCACACGCCACUCUCACCAGCCGUCUGGGGAUACAUUAUCGUUGCUGCCAUGUUCACCGUGUGCGUUAUGGCAGGGCUGGGUAGGAUCCUGGAGGGCCACAACAUCCCCGCCUACACACUGCCCUUCAACAUCGCUAUCUCCACCACCUUCUUGUGUAUGAAGGCCGCGGGCUUCGGCGAAGAGGCCUCCCCAGCGCCUUCUGAGGAGCCCGAUACCGGCCUACAGUGGGACCAGGUGUUCCUGGGAACGUUGUUGUCUGCCGGGCACGUGUGGGCUGUGGAAAGCGUCGCCUGUUCUGUUCUUGUACUCUUGGGACUCUUCAUCUUCUCCCCUACCCUCACCCUCGUCAGCUACCUGGGAGCCACCCUCGGCACCUUGACAGGUCUGGUGGUGUCGUCUGCACCCUACACGCUGGUCUAUCACGGUAUCUGGGGGUACAACGGGUUCCUGGCGGCCGGCUCCAUCGCCUUCUUCAUGGCCCCCACCCCGAGGGUCAUUCUCGUCGCCGCCAUCAACGCAGUCUUCGCCACCUACCUUCAGGCUGCACUUAUUCCCGUUUACGCCGCAAACGGGCUGCCGGUGUUCACCUUCCCAUUCUGCCUGGCCUCAGUGCUGUUCUUGGCGACGGCCAUGGCCAUGGGCCCCAGCACCCUGCGUGUCACUAGCCCUUCGUUCCCUGAGCUACACCUCGUACAGUACAAUCAAAAAUCUCGUAUCGUGGCCACUAAGGACAACCGAGAUGGGGACGAGACUACCACCGAGCCCAUGGUCUAACACACCCACUUUGAAGACCCUGAAGACCCUGGAGGUAGGGCCUUUCUGAGCCCUGAGGACCUUAAAACCUUGAAUACCCAGAAGGCCCUGUGAAGUCUCAAGACCUAUACACCCCUCACCUACCAUCGCCCCAAGGACACCACCAAGACCCCUUUAACCUUACAUCAGGGUACCGUCACCUAACAUUGUCUUAGGGCACUCAACAGGUAACAUCAACAACUAGCUCGUUAACCUAUAUCAUCACCACCAUCAAUAAAGAAUAGACAACCUGUUUUUUUCCUGCUUUUCAACACCAAACUCAACCAGGAGAGUCAAUUUGGUCGCUUAAACAACGAGUCAACCAUUGAUUUCUAUACAGGCUGGUGCAAGAUGAAGUAUAUGAUAGUAAUUCUAUUCUAAAUGGACGUAGAAGUUCAAAUAUAGCUUUACUCACCCCCACUGCUGUACUCUCUCUUUGGUUUUCUGGAGAUUAAUAAAACGCAUAAUGUAUCCCAGAAAACAACAUUCAGCUAAUGAUUUUGACGUAAACAGAUUAAUUUAUACCUACUUUUACACCACCCUGUAUAAGGUUGCGAGGUGAGGUGAGGUGUGUGUAGUUCCGAGUGUCAUGUGAGGGAGGCAGGUAGAUAUAUGAGAAGGAAAGAUUUUUAUGUUAUUUUAUUUUUGUUGUAUGUCAAGAUAGUUAUAUAUUUUGCUGCUAACUAAACUUUGUAUGCAAGUUAAUUUAGGUCCGUAUUGUUUUAAUUUCUUAUUUCUUCACCUUAAAAAAUACUUGGGUUAUACUUGCUUGAGAACUGAUUUUUUUUGUAUGUGUCUGGAGUUUUCUGCAUAAAUAUUUUAAUGCUUACAAACUUUUGCCAUUUUAAAGAGAAUUUAAAAGAAUAGUUGUUGUUGUUUUAACUCGAGACACCGCAGAUUACUCAUAUAUCGUUUGUUUGUUUGUCUGUUCUAGAUGCUAAAUAUUAAUUAUCUACGCAUCUAUACCGCUGCAUGAAGAGAAAUUAACAUAGAAUAAUAUUAAAGAUUCAUGUAAUAUGUAGGAGAUAGAAAAAUAUUAUGAAAAUUAUGUGGAUAAUUAUUUCUCAUAUUUUCUUAUGUGAAGUCUAAAAGAAAUAUAUUUACUCAUUAAUUAAAGGCCAUUAUAGAACUGCAUUCACCUGAGCGCCACAAUAACAUUUAAAAAAGUAAGUAUUAUGUAUUUUCGUUCAUUUAUAUUGAUGAAAGGUCCCACUAACACCUUAUUGGGGUCUGGGAGUCAUUAUACAGUCGUAAUUAAAUCAAGGAACAUAAAACCUCACAGAAAGAUGCCUCACUACAGAUAUUAUGAACGUUUUAGAAGUGAUGCAUAUUUGACUAUUAUACAGGGGGUCACAGGGGUCAAAAUGCACACAUCGAUAUAUAGGUUUGGAUUUUGGGUUCAUUUUCCACUGGAGUUCAUUCAGUAGACUUAGUAAAAAUAUGUCAUCCCCCCCCCCUACGCCCCCAUAGGUCAAAGGUAAAAGGUCAUCAAUGUUUCCUGAGGUAUUGAACGGGGUAGACAUAUUGCAAUAGGUAACAACUGGUAAUAUUGUAAUUAAUAUAUUCAUUUAACCAUUGAAUCAAUAUCACUCUUGAAAUACUUGUAAUAGUGAAUUUCUUAAAGGGGAUUUCAAAUGUUUAUUCUUGUCUGUAGUUUGUUUUAAAAUAAAUGAUCUAUUACAGUAAUAUAAUGGUAAUACUUUUAUUCUAUAUAUUUUUACCUGUCCAUAUCUUUAUUCAUAAUUAUUUCCUACGUGUUUUGUUUUGUUUAUAUUUUCUGUUAUUGUAAAAAAAAAAAGUUCUCUGAUAGCAACAAAAGCUCUGAUGUUUAUGAAUACAUGAUGUAAGAUUUU